AUGAACCAUAGUGAAAACUAUGGACUUGGGGUGGUUAUGAUGUGUCAAUGUAGCUUCGUCCUUGGUAAAAAAUGUACCCUUCUGGUGGAUGAUGUUGAUAAUGGGGAAGAGAUUAGUAAUGUCGGUUACUCUUCUUUUACUAUAGCCACAUGUACCUUGGUGGAUCCUGAUCGGUGCACAAAAUAUUUCGGUUACUGUAGAAGACACUGCUUUAAAUAUGAAAAGCAAAUUGAUAUAUGUCUCUCACCAAGUAAAAUUUGCUGCAUUGAGAGGUUAUUUGAAGAAGAUUAA